UCUGGCAAUCGAACCGUGCGAUCCUGGCCCUAUUUGUUAUAUGUAAACAGGAUGUCCAAUGUAGGGAAAAUAAAGAUAAGAUCCAUUGCGGAUCUGCAGGCCACAGUACGAGUAAAUGUAGAACCGGACCCAACGCCCACGAUCGAGAACAGAACGCCGGACAAGAAAAGAGCGGGAAGAACUCGUGCGGCUUCCACGACAAAAAAGGUCCGACCAAAGACGGAAGCAUGUCCAAUCAUAGCCAGCACUGCGUUCAAGCGUUCCAGCAAGAAGACUCCGCUGCCAGGACAAAUGCGCAUCGAUAGCUUUUUUACAAGUGCCGUCAAGAACUACAAAGUCAAGUCAAGUUCCUCUUGCAGGAAGGUGGAUCCUCCGUUGGACAAGCGAAAGGUAUCUACCAAAGGGCGCAAGCGCCUCUUCGAGGAGUCUACAACAACCUCAUCUGCCUUUACGGGCAAGCUGGAUGCAAAGCCGUCAGAGAAGCGAGUGCAGCCUAGUCGCCGUGCGAAAGGCAAGGAGAACGCUAGCCUCUCCGAAGUGCACGUAAUUGACCUGUGCUCCGAGGACGAGCAGACCAUAAAAAGAAAGCCAUCCGCGAUAGCCUCUCCCUGUGAAAAAAGCAGCGAUGUCCAAGCAACCAAGUUUAGAACUCCAGAGACUUCCAUGCCAGAAGCCAAGCUAAGCAAUUCCAGCCUAGACCUAGUGGAAAUCUCCCCCGGUCCCAACAAAUCCCCAACGAAUAACUUUUACCGGUCAUCGCCGGCUGCAAUCACAAAGGAAAGCCCCCUGGGCAAAAACUCUAAAAAAGGAACUGUACGCAAACAAAGAAAACCAAAGCCUUGUCCGCCCUAUAAAGUAGUGGAGGGUACAUCCUUCUGCGUCGACGGCUUUCAGUUUGGGGAAAUAGAGGGAGUCACACAUUACUUUCUCACGCACUUUCAUGCGGAUCACUACAUCGGCCUGACUAAAAAGUUCUGCCAUCCCCUCUACGUGAGUCCUAUUUCAGCGCGCUUGGUGCGAACGUUUAUUAAACUCGAUGAAACGCACAUUCACGAAAUUGAUGUGGACCAGACCCUGGACGUAGAUGGCGUCCAAGUAACCGCCUUAGAAGCUAACCACUGUCCUGGAGCACUCAUGUUCUUCUUCAAACUGAGCUCUGGCGAAUGCAUACUGCACACCGGGGACUUCCGAGCUAGCGCGGACAUGGAAUCCCUACCAAUCUUCUGGAACCAUUCAAACAUCGACCUGCUUUAUCUGGACACAACGUAUAUGAACAAAAACUACGACUUCUGCCACCAAAGCGAGAGCGUUGACCGAGCGGUGGAUCUGGUGCGCGCCUUCCUAGAGAAAAAUGCAGCCAAACGAAUCCUUAUCGUCUGCGGCUCCUACGUGAUAGGAAAGGAGAAGAUAUGGUUGGCCUUAGCGAAGGAGUUCACAAUGAGGGUUUGGACGGAAAGCAAUCGCAGCACUGCAGUAAGAUGCCUGAAUUGGCCGGAUCUAGACUCCGUGCUAACAGAAGAUCGCAGCGGAGCAAACUUGCACGUCAUUGCAAUGGGAAAAAUCAGCUAUCCGAGCCUAGUCGAUUACUUUACUGAAUUCGAGGACCAAUAUGACAUGUUGCUGGGCAUAAGGCCCAGCGGUUGGGAAAAGAACUCAAAGCCUUCGUACGGCAAGCGAAUUAGCACGAUCGGCAUUGAGUACUCAGAACACUCCAGCUACAAGGAGUUGGAGCGCUUUGUUCGCUUCCUCAAGCCAAAGCGAGUCAUAAGCACCGUUCCCGUGGGCCGCGAUCUCUAUGUCACUGGAGAGGUGCCCAUACGGUGGUACAAGUACGAAGGUCGGGCAUCUAUGCUGCGUACUGGGUUUCAGCCUUCGAUAUCCACUUUCCUAGCUACGCCGAAGCGAGCUUUUGCAAAAUUCAGUGCAGAUACUGAAAUGUUCUUGAGCCCCGUGGAUGAGAAUGCUUCCAAAGGGAGUGAAGAUAAGAAAGACGAUGACCGGGAGUCCGUGGUGCCAACGAAUCAUGUAACUAUUAUAUCCGACACUCCGGAAGAGUGUUUUCAAACUGAUUCCAAGAUACCAGUUAAAAACGAGCCUCUGGCACCGGACACGUCACCGAAUUCUGAAAUAGUUGCACAACUCAAUGCGAUGGAAUCCGAAAUUCCAUAUGUUGAAAUAGACAUUAAAAACGAAACUAUCGCACCUGAUGCAGUCCUCAUACCUCGUGUCCCAACGGAAGAUACAUUUCAAAGUACGGAUUGCAAUGUUAUUGGUGUCCAGAAAAGCCAGGCAGUCGUGGUUAGUAGACUGACAUCCGAUGCAUCAGACGAUUGGCUCCUGUAGUGAUUAAAUUUCGGAUAAAAAAGUCCUUUGGAUUUAAGUAUGGCUGCUAGUAGUUUUAAGAUAUUUUGUUAUGAAAUAAUAAGGUAUAUACAUACUUAUGUUCGAAAAGGGCUUUAGUUUCUGUUAAACUUUUAUAAUGUUUUAAUAUCUUUUAUAUAAGGCUUGCCUUUUAAAUACUUUACAUAUGUAUUUUGGUUGAUAUAUAUAUAUAUUCCCACACUAUUUAGUUGCGAACCGUACAUAAUG